GCGUCAGUUGCAAAAAUAUCCAGCUCUCGUCCACUGGACACGUUCUCCAUAGGAAACAUUUCUGCGACUGGAUCGUUUUUUUAAAAUUUAUUUCACUACAAUAGAUAAUGGCGACGACUACUGAGGGGGUGAGCCCAUUGAAGGUCCUCAGCUCUAUCGCCUACCAACAUGACGCUGACAUAUUGUCGCCUGAAUUCGCCGUGAUUAUGGACAAAAUGGACCCACUGCGACACUUCAGGGAAAGAUUCACUUACCCGAAGAACGGAACGCUUCCAACCGUCGACAAGGAGCUCGUGGAUCCCAACGAAGAAUGCGUCUACCUGUGCGGCAAUUCCCUGGGACUCAAACCCCGCACGGCUGACACUUAUGUGCAACAGCAGUUAGACAAAUGGGCUGAAACGGGGGUCGAAACCCACUUCGUAGAGCCACUUCCAGCUGCCACCUGUGACCAGUACGGAAAGGAAGAGAUGGGACGCCUGGUUGGCGCUAAGCCAUCGAGCGUCACCCUCAUGAACGGCCUGACUGUCAACCUUCAUUUGCUCAUGCUGUCGUUCUAUCAACCGACGAACGCCAGGUACAAGAUUCUGCUGGAAGGCCACGCGUUCCCCUCCGAUCGGUACGCAAUGAAAUCCCAGGCUAAGCUUCGAGGUUUUGAUCCAGCCGAGGCUGUGAUUGAAAUCCAUCCACGCCCGAAUGAGCAUACGAUCAGAACCGAAGAUAUACUGAAGCUCCUGGAACAAGAAGGCGAGAAGAUAGCGGUGGUGUGCAUGAGCGGGGUCCAGUAUUACACGGGACAGAAAUUCGACAUGGGCCUCAUCACUAAAGCCGCCCAUGAAAAGGGCUGCUUUGUGGGCUGGGACUUGGCCCAUGCCGUUGGUAACGUGGAGCUUCGACUCGACGACUGGGACGUUGACUUUGCCUGUUGGUGCACUUAUAAAUACAUGAAUUGCGGCCCAGGCAGCUUAGCAGGAGCCUACGUCAACAGCAAGCACAACAAACGUAACACAGAUCACUUGCAUGGAUGGUGGAGCAACAAAGAAAAAACGAGGUUCGAAAUGCGUGAUGAGUGUGAUGUGGCAGAUGGCGUCGAUUCCUUCAAGCUGUGCAAUCCCCCUCCCAUUCUCGUGUCCCUAGCCAAAGCCAGUUUGGAGAUUUUUGACGAGGCAGAAAUGGAAAAUCUCCUAAAAAAGCAAUUCCUUUUAACUGGUUAUCUGGAGCACCUUGUCAAAACUCAAUUUUCUUCUGGGCAACUCGAUGCGCCAACAGCUACCAUCAUUACUCCUGAGGACACCACACAGCGCGGUUGCCAGCUAUCAUUUACAUUCUCCUUCCCACUUAAGCAGAUUCACAAAGAAAUUCAGAAGCGAGGAGUGGUGUGUGACGUCAGGCUCCCCAAUGUCAUGAGAAUCACCCCAGUGCCCUUGUACAACAGCUUCCUGGAUGUCUACAAGUUCAUCAAAAUUCUUCGAGAAGUAUUUGCUCUGUGCAAGACUGAGGGAGCUUAGCCUGGUAUUUUUUAUUCUAUGUUAUUCGGAUAUGUAUUUAUUUUUGUAAUACGGGGUGGGGGGUGGGGGGAUGGGAGAAAGCACUACAACGAAAUAAGAGCGAAGGACUUAUUUCUGACUGAUAGCUGGACAUAUCGGUUCUAUUAUACAUACAUUUGCAAGUGAACGCGUUUUUAAAGCCAACUUUUAUAUGUAGCUGUAGUCCUAAUAUGUGUAAAAAACAAAAUAAAAAAAUUAUUUUAGUUUUUUAUGUAAAGAUAUCAAUAGUUUAGUCUUUAUCAUAAGUACAUUUUGAGGUGCUAUAAAGAAACCCUUGUCUUUGAUCAUUCUAUGAAUAAGAAAAAGAAAAUCUUUAAGAUACACUUGGAAUGGUGUUCCAUACCUCACAAGAAAGAGGGAAGUAGUACAUGAAUGGACGUGAUAUGCAGAAGCAAAUAAUAAUAAUAAUAAUAAUAACAACAUUCUUAUGAUAUGAGCUCUUAGCCAACAUCCGACAAAAUGAGACUUGUACUUUUUAUUAAAAUACACUCCUGUUCUUUCGAAGUAUCGUAACGUGUACCUAUUCUGCCUGAAAAAUAUACGAAAUAUAUACUAUUUGUGUCGAUGCUUGCACUGUUUGCUUUUGAACUUUGCUGAUACAAUGUGCACUAUGUUUGACGGAAGGUGUGACCCUACAGCUUGCCUGGGAACGUAGACUGUUUCCCUUGAGAUAUAAAACCGUUUUGUGUUGAAAUAUGGACUCUAUGUUUCUGUUGAACGUCUACGGUUGCAAAACGCGUGCUAUUUCUGUUGAAUCACUGCUGAGUGUGUUUACUUUAUGAUGCAGGUGGCUGUGAUGGUAUAUUUCUUUUGCUGACCUCUGUACUGUACAAAGUCGUUUGUUUAAGUAUUAUUAUUAUUAGAUGUAUAAAGGUUUUAACUGAAA